CGCGGCGCUUUAAGAAGCAGCGGGUGCGGGAGGGGCCGAGUGCCGGGGCCGCGGCGGCGGCAGCAGCAGCAUCGCGGUCGAUGCUACCAUGGCCCUGCAGGCCGAAUUUGACAAGGCUGCAGAAGAAGUGAGGAAGCUGAAAGCAAGACCAGAUGAUGGAGAACUGAAAGACCUCUAUGGGCUUUACAAGCAAGCAACAAUUGGAGACAUUAGUAUUGGGUGUCCAGGAAUGCUAGAUUUAAAAGGCAAAGCCAAAUGGGAAGCAUGGAACCUCCAAAAAGGGUUGUCGACGGAAGAUGCAAUGAGUGCCUAUAUUUCUAAAGCAAAGGAGCUGAUGGAAAAAUAUGGGAUUUAGAAUACAGCAUAUGAGGAAUUUUUCCUUUUGAAGCCUUCCUAAUGCUAUCACGACCUAACAUUUAGAGGGAGAGACGCACGGUUAACUUGAUGUUUCAUGUAUAUUUUUGCUAUUAGUGUGAAUUGUAAUACUUAGGAGUAUACUGAAACUAUACAGUUAACUCAAUUGUGCUUGCUUAAACCAGGUGUCUUAAAAGCUCUUUUAGAAAA